ACAGGAGGAAUUUAGGUAACCAAUAGCAUUUAAUGGAAAUGACAGCAUGUAAGCAGUUAUAAGCAGUCUCAGUGUGUCUUCAGUUUAGAAUAGAAUUUUGUUUCUUUUUCUGAAGAAGGAAGAUUCUGACAAGCUAAUACCGUGACUUUUUUUUAUCUAGGUUAUCAAGAAGAGGUACAGUAUCUAUUAAUCAUGGUGUUUGUGAGCAGUAUUGUUUUGCCUCUGUUUGUUCUCAUGAGUGUCAGCAAUGGACAGAUAGGUAAGAGGAUGUAUUCUAGCAAGAUUGAAGUUAGUAACGGAAUGAUCUGGGGCUCAUGGGGACAGCGAGAUAUGUGCCCCUAUGGGACGUAUGCUACAGGAUUUAGUCUCAAAGUUGAAAGAUUUCAAGGAGAUGGCGAUGAAACAGCUCUAAAUGGAAUUGCCCUUCACUGCACUAAACCAAUAGGCUCCACAAGGGAUCCUCAGGAUUAUUCAACAGUCCGAUCUGAUGCUGGCAGCUGGGGAACUUGGACACCGAACAUUUGGUGCUCAAAAGGUGUGCUGCAGUCAUUUCAGCUGCGUGUAGAAUUCCCUCAAAUAUUUGAUGAUGAUACUGCUGCUAACAACAUAAGGUUCACAUGCACUGGAGGGGAACAGCUGACCGGAAACGGCAUGAACUGGGGAGAAUGGGGUGGAUGGAGUCAAAAAUGUGUUGGAACAGGAAUUUGCGGAAUCCAAACAAAAAUAGAGUCACCACAGUGUUUAGGAGACGACACUUCUCUUAAUGAUGUCAACUUUUUCUGCUGCGAAUAAGGUUUGCAAAAUGAUAAAAUGAUGGGGCAAUGACUUAAAAUGAUGUUCCUUAAAAUUGUUUUUGGAAAAAAUGCAUUUGUGUCAUUCAUAAGAUUAAAGAAUCUUACAUUUGUGUUGCUCUGCUUAGAUUUGAAAACAACAAAUAUUCUUUUGUAUAAUUACACAAUUUAAUAUUUGCUUGUGUAAAAUUAUACUAGUCUGGAUUCACUUCUUUAAGUGCUCAUAUCUGGCAGAUUAAAAAGAAAAGUACACACAAUUCUACAUAGAUUUGGUUUCAAAAAUAUAAUCAUGACAUAAAAUAUUGAUCUUAUUCUGACUGAAGUUAAUCACAAUCACAAUGAUUUGUUCCAAAAAAAAUGGUAAGGGCUUAAUAUAAAUCUAUAUUAGUUUGUUCAAGAUUAUGUGACAGUACAAUAAAAAAUGUUGAUUUACAUUAA